AUGAAUUGGGCGGCAGGCUGCGUUCUUCAGCGGGCACGUGAAUGGACGAUUGGUGCGCACAGGGCAACGGGGCAGCAGCAGCGGCAGCGGCAGCGGCAGCGGCAGCAGCUGCAGCAGCAGCAGCAGCAGCAGCAGCAGCAGCAGCAGCAGCAGCAGCAGCAGCAGCAGCAGCAGCAGCAGCAGCAGCAGCAGAAGAAGAAUAAGGAGCAGCAGCAGAAGACUAAUAAGGAGCAGCAGCACUGGCUGCAAUCACAGCGUCAUCACAAUUGUUCCCUGCGCUCCACCAGGCACCAGCAGCCCGCAACGCCUGAACAGCCCCUCGCCGCAGCGCCCUUCAACAUUUCGACACCAACACCACCAUCAUGA